CUAUUUAUAAAUGUUAUCAUUAUCGUUGCUAAUAUUCUUACAAUUAACUAAUGGAGAUAAUUCCGGAAGUUUCUUAUUUUUGAUUUCCUUAUUGUUUUCAUUCUCAUCAAUAUAUUCUUGUUUUUCCUCCUUCACACUUGAUUGACUUAAUCUAUAAAUCAGGUAUGUGCUGAUGAUUAUUGUUACACAGCCAAUCAUUUGUCCAAUAAAUGGAGUCCACAGCAUUAACUUCACCAUAAAAGUCAUUUGAUUAUCGAGUUCAAAAGAUUGCUCAACCCACAAGAUCGGCAAAAAUUUGGUUUGAACAUUUCGGUACAU